AUGGGUUGGCUAGGCGAUAACUCUGAGGAUAGCACGGGGGCUGUGCGGUGGGUGAUGGACGCGCUGCUCGGCAAGCGCGAGUCGCCCUCGCAGAAAUACCGACGCGAAUUUGCACAGGACGACACAAACAACCGGCUGCAGGUGCCGCGCAGCGCGGGUGCGCGGCGGCGGCGAACGGGGUCGCUGGACUCGGAGUUCCGGGCGCGCUACGAGUUGCUGCCGGACGAGACAGAGGGCGCGGGCGCAUCGCUGCUGUCGCCGGUAGAUCUGCGGCCUGCGGGUACGGCGGCGCGCGAGAGCGGGACGCCGGGCCGCGCGGGCUGGGCCGGCGGCGCGGCUGGGACGCUGGGCGGUGGUGACGGUGGCUGCGACGGCGGCCGGGACGGCGACACUUUUGGCCGCGCGCGUGGGAGCGAGGACGUGGCGUUCCGCCCACCGCGCGCCGACAACCCGCUUGUGUCCGCGCUGUUUGCGCAGCCCUCGUCGCCAGACGCGGGACUGCCCGGCUCGUUCCCGGGGCGCGCGCCACGCGCGCGCGACCCCACGCACGACUACCUGGCGCUGCUGGACCAGCUCGCGCGCAACAACCGCGACCUGCACAGCCUGCAGCAAGAUCUGGAGGCGCGCGAGGAGCGCGACCGCCGCGAGACCUCCUACCGCGACCGCUACCUGCAACUGCGCCAAGAGUUGAUCCAGGAGCUCAAACAGUCCAAGACCAUGUACGACAACUACACGGCGCUGUACGAGCGCUACAAGGCCCUCAAGGACGCCGAGCACCCGGACUACGCGGAGCUCGUCUCAAAACUGGAAGCCCAGAUCGUCGACCUCACCAUCGCCGACCAGCAGAAGGACCGCCGCCACCAGGAGGAGUUGCUGCGGCUGCAGCUACAGUACGAGGCCCGAAUACACGAGCUCGAGCGCAAGCUCAACCACCAAAACAGCACCUACACCGCGAACGACACCGCGACCCCGGCGAGCACCGUCGAUUCUGGCAGCAUAUCGCCCUACCACAAGUACAACGACACGAUAGACACCCAAUUCCUCAAUCACAUCGUCAAGUAA